AACUCCAUGUGUAAUCAAAGGUCCCUUUUAUAUCCGGCUCGAAGGACCAACAGCAGCACAUGCGACCUUCCUGCAGUUAGUGAGCGUUCAUAAUUCUCAGUUAAACCAAUUAGCUAACUGAUAAAUUUUUUCGUUCUCCUCAUGUCUAUUCAAGGUAUUAUAAUGAGAGAGUAUUUGCAUAGAGCAUUUAUAUUGGUUGAGUGUCUGUAACAGUUCUGGAGCGUGAAACAGGUUUGGAUGAAAUGGUACCCUGAGGGCCUGGAGUUUCACUCGCACGAAAUUUAAAAUCCACGCUACGCUCAGUGGCAAUGAAUUGUGGACGAUAUGAGGGUGUGUUGUGCUUUUCUGAUCCUUGCGUGUUUGGUGCUGCUGGAGCCCACGUGCUCCUUUGCCGCUAUUAGGGUUCCAAAUGGCAAGAACCCAACUGUUCACCAAGACUCUAAUGUUAAUUCCAGAGAAAAAACAGCUGACUACUGGUAUGAUAUAGCACAAAAUUUCCUUGAGAAAGCCAAACUUAGGAAACCUAACACGAACGUUGCCAAAAAUGUGAUCCUUUUCUUGGGCGAUGGUAUGUCUGUACCAACUGUUACUGCCGCAAGGAUCUACGCAGGUGGUGAAUCAUACCAACUGUCCUUCGAAAAGUUUCCAUACACAGGUGUUUCUAAGACUUAUUGCUUAGACAGAAUGGUGUCAGAAUCAACAUCUACUGCCACUGCCUAUCUUGCAGGAGUGAAAGCCAAUAGGUACACAUCAGGUCUAACUGGUGCUGUCAAGAUUGGUGAUUGUGCAGGUUCCUUAUUACCUGAGAACCAGGUGCCAUCUAUAGCUGCUUGGUCUCAAAAAGCUGGAAAAUGGACAGGACUUGUAACUACUACAAGGGUUACACAUGCUUCUCCUGCAGGGCUAUUCUCCCAUACAGCACACAAAGAAUGGGAAUCAGAUGCUGACGCAGCCAAUCACUGGAAAUAUCCUUCAAACUGUCAAGACAUAGCAAGACAACUAAUAGAAAAUGAGGUUGGAUCAAAUUUCCACGUUAUUAUGGGCGGUGGGCGUAACAAAAUGAUUCCUAAGGACGUAAAAGAUGAUGAGGGAAAAGUUGGAAAACGUGCAGAUGGUAGAAACUUGAUAGAAGAGUGGCAAAAAAGGAAGGCUGAGGAGAAAAAGAACUACCAGUACGUCUGGAACAGGAAACAGCUGUUGAAAAUCAAUGAUACCAUCGAUUAUUUGCUUGGUCUCUUUGAAAACGACAUGUGUAAAUACCACGUAGACAGGGAUCCAGAAAUGGAUCCUACCCUAGAAGAGAUGACAGAAGCUGCCAUCAAAAUCCUCAGCAAAAGUCCUAAAGGUUAUUUCCUCUUCGUUGAAGGUGGCAUGAUUGACCAAGCUCACCACUUCAAUAAGGCUGGCAAAGCACUGGACGAAACUGUUGAAUUUGCAAAGGCAAUACGAAGGGCUACCGAGCUUACCAAAGAAGAUGACACCUUGAUUGUGGUGACUGCAGACCAUGCUCAUACCAUGAACAUUGGAGGAUACCCAGAAAGAGGGCAAGAUAUCUUGAAACUGAGCAAUUUCAGCGAUGUCCUUCCAAUAGCUGGACCUGUUCCAGUUUUGACAUAUGCUAAUGGCCCUGGAUUCAAGGUCACCAAUAAUGGAACUCUCUAUAAUUUUACUGCUGACAAUAUAGACAUGGACUACCAGUAUCCAGGACUAUACAAGACUGUUGUGGAAACCCAUGGAGGUGAUGAUGUCCUCAUCUAUGCCAAGGGACCAUGGUCACACUUAUUCCAAGGUGUUAUGGAACAAAACACCAUCCCACAUCUGAUGGCUUAUGCUUCUUGUGUUGGUAGCAAAAGCACAGCUUGCAAUGAUGGGUUCACUCCCAGCUCAUCUUCCGUAUUUUCGUGCAAUUUUGUGAUAAUUUAUUUCAGCCAGCUGUUACUGUUUUUUUCCUAUUUUUUAGUUAAAUUAUAGAUUUGUAGGUA